AUGAGUGCUACGUAUCCAACAUCCAGCGAGUCUACUGCCAUGGAUGAUUUAACUAAAACGAAGACUUUAAUGCCUCGACUUGUCUGUGGCAAGUGUAAUACAACGUUAAGUACGACAAAAGACUUGGUCUUUUUUAAAUGGAGAAAUGGAUUUCAUGUAUCGAGUUCAACGGAUGAAGCAUUGAAGAAUUUAUUUCCAGAAGAAUCAGUGGAAGAGAAUGAUACAAAGUGGAAGAAACACAAGAUGCUUUGUCUCAAAUGUAACUAUCAAGUUGGUACAUUGGCACAGAUCUUUGCAUUGAAGAAGAUCUUAUUUAGUGCAUCCUGUGUAUCCAUACAAAUGCCAGAAGAUCAAUCGCCAUUGCUAUCAUUAUCAGGAUAUCCGUCCUCUUUGUUGAGCUUUACAAUGUGGUCCGAGUUAAUUUUAAUGGCAGAAACACAGCCAACACUCAAGGAUUUAUUGCAGAUACAAAGAGUGGAUAAUAUUCAACAGUACUCGACGGAAAAUGCCAAGCUUCAUCGUCGAAUUCUCAUGGCCAAGGAUUUGCAGGAACUAUUACGUAUUGUGGACGAAAAUAUUUUUGACUUGAACCAAUACAAUAUCAGAACAGCGAUUGAUCGUGCAGGUCGAUUUGUCGCGACAAGGACGACUAGAGCAAACUUGUCGGCAGUUAACAACACUCACAGCUCCAGUCAGUCUGAAGCGCCAGAAGAUGAGCUGCUAGCGAUUCCGUCGCCCGCUUUGUUCGCAAAUUGGUCAGUCAAGCCUAACGCCUUGGAUACAAAACGAUUUUGGAAACUGAUUGAUGAGACUGAAAAGCUGGUAAACUUUGGCAUUGCCGCCUUCAAAACAGGCCAAGCACUUUCAAAUCUCACGACUGCACUGAUGCGCCUUGGUGUGGAACGAACUACUAUUUUGCGACCUAUAGCUGCACAAACCGUGUACAUGAUGCAAUUUGACCAACCUAAAAUCAGUGCACACGAAGCCUGCAUGGUGGUUGCAGCAGUAACCCACUUACUGCCAAGGGAAAGUCGCAGGCAGGAAUGGGUCUUGGAUUCUUUGCAGGCAACUUGUAAGAUGGUGAUGGCUGAGCUUGAUGAUGAGAAAGCAAAUGUCGAGGGCAAAGAGCGAGCAGCUGAAGUGCUUGUUCCACUUGCACGCUCCUUCUUGUUUGCUGAAAGUUUUGACGAAGAUUUGUUUCGACGGACGUUUAAAGAGGUCAACUCUGGAGCGCUGAACAAGCUAAAUAUGCCGUCGUUCAAACAACGAGUACUCAUGUCGAAGUUGUACCAGAUUCAUCUGGACUGUGAGCUAAAUGAUCGAUCCAUGGAUUUGAGGUUGUCGCCGGCGCUGGAAGACGAGUGCAAGCGUGCGUUCAGCGCCCACCAGAAGAAGAGCAAAGGCUCGUCAUUUCGUUUGCGCCACCUCGUCUGUACUGCGCUAGACAAGAUUGGUAUUGCUAAUGAAACGUUGUAUGCUUUGGAGACGGGUUACCAUGUCGAUGUGGUCGUACCGAGGCAAAAGAUUGCUAUCGAGAUCAAUCCGCCGGAUUGUUAUCCGGCACUAGAGCCUGGCUAUGAGGACAGAGACCCCAAAGCUUUCGGCUUUGUGGACCUCAAGAUGCGGCACCUAGAGCGUUUAGGCUGGACCGUUAUCAACCUGCACGCCAACCGAUUUCUGCAGCUCGAGACACUGGCGAACCGCAUGAUGCACCUUAGUAUGCUGUUAGAAAUCGUCACAUGCCGGGGACAAAAGUCGACCCGCAUGCGAUAA